AUGUCAAACCUUGUGUUUGCUACCAAGGUGGUAACCUUUGAUAGGUCACACCACACUAUCCUAUUGCAAAACGAAAACGGCCCAUGUGCUCUGCUCGCCCUCGUUAACGUAUUGCUUCUGUCUCCUAAACAUAGAAAGCUAGCGAAACCCCUAAUUGAAUUGGCGGAGGGGAUGAAAAAUGUCCCACUACAAGAGAUCCUGCCAGUAUUAGCUGACAUUUCUAUUGACAACUGCUUCAACUUACGCGGCGAGAGUAGUGGAGACAUAAAACAAGAAGAAGAAGAAGAAGCAGGGGAAGAAGAGGGAAGGGACGAUGAUGAUGAUGAUGAUGAUGAUGAUGAGGACGACGACGGAGGCAGCAUAGAUCAACUACUGCUCUUACUCCCGGAACUUCACACAGGAUUGAAUGUCAAUCCAAGGUUUGAUGGGACCUUUGCGAAAACAUCGCAAGAAACCAGCAAAGUGUUUAAACUUUACAACGUACCCCUGGUUCACGGCUGGGUGUAUAAUGGCGACGAAAAACUCUCACAUUACUCAUACGAGGAGGCUCAAGAUCUUCUGACUAAAGCCUGCGAUAUCGAACACGCCAAAGACAUAACACCAAUACCGAUUGAUGGGGACAAUGCAGAGCUUCUCUCCGAGUCGGCAAUGUUGAAGGAGUUUCUUCAAUGUAGUGCCACACAGCUCACAGAGGACGGGUUGAGAAAGUUGCACAAGACGUUGAAAGAUGACGACUUUUGUGUACUGUUCAGGAAUGACCACUUCUCUACGAUGUACAAACACGACGGAGUUUUGUACUUACUAGUCACAGACCUGGGCUUCCGCAGACAUAAAGAUAUUGUAUGGGAGGCGCUAAUCACCAUUUCAGGAUCUGACAACGUUUUUUGUAACGACAAAUUCAUAGAAACACCACUGAAAGUGAUGCGCAAUGACACUGGAAUUGGCGAGGAACAACCAGAAGAGGGAAUUUACACUGGAGAGGAAUUUCAGCAGAGGAAAAAUGAUGAGGCCUUUGCAGCACAACUCCAAAGCGAGGAGGAUAGCCGUAUGGCCAGGCAAAUGGUAAGGGAACAGGACUCUGGACACCGACAGACUAGAUCCUCUAAAAGAGGUAAGCCGUUUAAACAACCGGUGAAGAAACAUACCAAACAUACAGUCAAAAUCAAGAGCGAUAACUCGACACAGAAAAAGAAGGCAGACUGCAUUGUCAUGUGA